AAGCUGGUGUUGGUUCCACAGUCAAACAAAUCUCAACGUCGUAGGGCGAGCAAAAAUAGCGAGAUUUCACCAAUUUACCCACGAAACGAAGAAAAAUCGUUUUGAGUUUUAAAAUUAUCGUUUUCGAGACUUUACUGGAUCAGGAUCAGUUGUUUAAUAUCUUUCGUUUAGUUAAGUUCAGCAUAAAUUUUUAGUUUAACGUUUAAUAUUUUAUUACGAACGACAUAAUUUUCUGAUUAAAGAAACAGAACCAAAGAAGCAGCCAAAAUGUUUAAGAAUCAUCUUGCAAUGAUCGGUUUCAACGAAACCCCAAACAAAAAAGCCAAAUUCUGGCAAUCAUACAUUAGAUCCUUGAAAGGAUCUGAGGAUAUUCGCGCCAAUGAGGGACGUGAAGAUUAUCGUACGCCAUUCACAAUUUACGAUGAACCAUCGACUGCUGCUGGUAGAAUCACCGUUCCAGGAUACCGUUAUUUACCAGUACAUAGAGAAACUUAUGGAUAUUCACCACGCGCCAUCUAUUCACAUCCAUCACAACGACCAGUGAGCAUGGCUCGUGCUCCACUUAAUGCUCAACAAGCCUGGGAUGACCACGUAGACCGCAUGAAGGAGUUGGAACGCCGAUACCCAUCACGUUACGGCUUAUAUCUCAGAGACAAACACGCCCCAAUUGUCAUCAAUGAGGAAUAUGAGCCUGACACCAAGCGAGUUUAAGUUUCAUUCGAUUGAAAUUUAGUGUCGCAAAGUGUCGUCGCCGAAAUUAUUAAAAGAAAAAAAAUUGUUUACUAAAAACAACACCAUCGUCCAAACUCUCUCUCUCUUUCUCUUGCUGCUUCAUGAACAUCCGAUGCGCCUCGCGCACGCAACAACAUCAAUUAUACGUGUCUCUAUUUAUAAAUGAAUAAUUAUUGAACUUUAAAAAAAAGGAAAAUUUAUUUUCUUAUGAUUUACGUUCUUUUUCAACGUUUUUUUUUCUUCUUAAAUCGCGUCUUUGUGAGAUUGCGAGAAUUUCUGCUGCUUACAACGUUGCAUUUUUCUCGUUCGAAGCUUUUUCGCUGACAAUUGACAAAUUUAACAAAAGAAACAAAAAAACAUCAGAAAGGAAAAAAAAAUAAAUAAAAUAUUAUCGUGUAAAUUAAAUACAUUUUUAUUAAUGCAUUAUGAACUUUAUUGUACAUGUAAACAAAUCAAUCUACAUCUGAUAUGACAGAAAAGAAAAAAAAAUUAAUUAAAACAUCAGAAAAAAAGCUAAAAAAUGUAAUUUUUCAUGCAAUGGUGGAUUUGAGGGACUUCAAGAAAUGAUUCAUUUGUCCACUUGAGCGUGUGUUGUAGAUAUGUGAGAAUCAAUUUAAUAAACGAAAGAUGAACAACUA